CGUCUGCAAGAUUUAGCGCCCUAUAAAUACCUGAAAACCUCAGGGGCUGUAGUUUUAGGCUGAAAAAAUUCGGAGCUCAGCGGACGGACAGAGCCUUACCGGAAGUGUAUUUCUGCUGCCGGUGCGAGCUCGGAAAGUUCUUCAUCUUCCGUUUGGAGAUUUGCUAUUUAUUGCAUUGAAGAAAAAUUACAGAAAAUAUCAUCCUGGUUCAGUGGUUUCUUUUGAUGCCAUGACUGUCCAGGCCAAUUUGCGUCUUCUAACAUAUUCACAAGAGAUUGUAGAUGGACAACCGAUUUAUGUUUCCUCAAAUUGUCUUCCAAUUAAGGCGUUGAAAUUUGAACCUGCUGGCCAUUCUUUCCAUAAUGCUGCCCUUAAACUCCUUGGUUGUGAGGAUGAUGAAGUGAGCGAUGACAAUGAGCAGGUGGCUGAUGAGGCAGAACAGAAAUAUGCUCCAUCAUUUGAUUCAUACAGCAGCAAAGGUAAAAAGAAAUCUGGUGGAAGCACACAACAAGAUCAUUAUGCGUUGUUGGGUUUGAGUCAUUUAAGAUAUCUAGCAACCGAGGAACAGAUAAGAAAAAGUUAUCGAGAAACUGCUUUGAGGUAUCAUCCUGACAAACAAGCUGCACUUCUUCUUGCCGAGGAAACUGAAGCUGCAAAACAAGCAAAGAAGGAUGAAAUAGAAAGUCAUUUUAAAUCUAUUCAAGAAGCAUAUGAAGUGUUAAUUGAUCCUGUCAAAAGAAGAAUUUAUGACUCAACAGAUGAGUUUGAUGAUGAGAUUCCUACUGAUUGUGCUCCACAAGAUUUCUUUAAGGUGUUUGGUCCAGCUUUUAUGAGGAAUGGGCGUUGGUCUGUUAACCAAUCUGUUCCCUCACUAGGCGAUGAUAAAACUCCAUUGAAAGAUGUUGAUGAUUUCUACAACUUUUGGUAUGCCUUUAAAAGCUGGAGAGAGUUCCCACACGCUGAUGAAUUUGAUCUUGAACAAGCAGAGUCUCGGGACCAUAAGAGGUGGAUGGAGAGACAGAAUGCUAAACUUUCAGAGAAGGCUAGAAAGGAAGAAUAUGCUAGGAUUCGUACCCUCGUAGAUAAUGCAUACAAACGCGACCCCAGAAUACAAAGAAGAAAGGAGGAAGAGAAAGCUGAAAAGCAGAGGAAGAAGGAAGCAAAACUUUUGGCAAAGAAGUUACAGGAAGAGGAAGCUAUUAGGCUUGCUGAAGAGGAGAAACGUAGAAAGGAGGAGGAGGAGAAACGAGCUGCAGAAGUGGCUCAACAGCAAAAGAAGUUGAAAGAGAAGGAGAAGAAACUCUUACGGAAAGAACGGACUCGUCUUAGAACGCUUUCUGGACCUGCCAUAUCUCAGUCUUUGCUUGAUCUUUCUGUGGAAGAUGUAGAAAAUCUCUGUUCAUCUCUUGACAUUGAGCAGAUGAGAAAUAUUUGUGAUAAAAUGGAAGGGAAAACAGGUAUGGAGCUUGCGAAGGUUCUUAGAGAUGCACAGGAAUGCAGCAAUUCAGAUAGAAAGCAUCAGGAAUCCAAGAAAACUGGACAGCAGAAUGGUUCUACAACAGCUAAUGCCACUGUCCCGCUAAGCAGCAGCCUUCAGAAGAAGGAGAAGCCUUGGAGUAAAGAUGAAAUUGAGCUCUUAAGGAAAGGAAUACAGAAGUAUCCUAAAGGAACAUCUCGUAGAUGGGAGGUUAUCUCAGAGUACAUUGGUACAGAAAGGUCAGUUGAAGAAAUUUUGAAGGCAACCAAAACGAUUCUCUUGCAGAAGCCCGACUCUGCCAAAGCUUUCGACUCAUUUCUUGAAAAAAGGAAACCGGCACAGUCCAUUGCAUCUCCGCUCUCAACUAGAGAAGAGUUAGAAGGUGUAUCCUCUAAAAAACCCGAAGACAAUGUGGCAGUUAAUGGUAAUCUGGAUGUGUCCUCAGUAGUGCAAAAUGUAAACAACCAAACUCCCAGUGAUUCAUCUGCAAAUGGAGUAUACUCUAGUUCGGAGCAAGACGACUGGUCAGCUGUACAAGAAAGAGCACUAGUCCAAGCUCUAAAAACAUUCCCAAAGGAGACCAACCAGCGAUGGGAGCGGGUUGCUGCUGCUGUUCCUGGGAAGACGGUGAACCAAUGCAAGAAAAAAUUCACAUCAAUGAAGGAGAACUUUAGAAACAGAAAGAAUGCUGCUUAAUUACUGAGGCAGGCUUUUCUUUGGUGACAAAAGUGGUCUGUUCUUCAAUCUGAACAUUGUUUUGCCAUUUAUUCAUAUAAAAACAAAAGGGUUUCUCUGGAUAUCCAACCGAUUCUUCACAAAGGUCAGUCUAUCAUAUACCUACGCAUAGGUUUUUUAUUUUAUGAAAUUUUAUCAUGCCUUACAACUUUUAGUUAGUUACCUGAAAUUCCCUGAAGAGAUAAAGAGUAUUGCGUAUGCGGAAGAGUUUUGUAUUUCCCUUUCUUAUGUUGUUUAAAACGAUUAUUCAUGUAGAUUCAUGUUGAAUUAUUUAUAGCAUGUGGGCAUUAUUUAGAAUGA